AUGAUGCAACAACAGUCGACCGCUUCGAUUCUUGAAUCGAAAGAAGUAUCCGUUGAUGCUCAGGAUGUAGUGGACAAGACGCAGUCAAAGUUCGAAAAGGGUCCGAGAUUCUGGGCUAUUAUUGUUGUCCUUGCCCUCAUCAGUCUCCUAACCUCUCUAGAGGCUACAGUUACUUCAACAGUUAUGCCGUCAGUUGUAGCUGAUUUGGAUGGUGGCGAGAAUUUCAUCUGGGUUUCCAAUGCUUACUUCUUAACCAUGACCUCUUUGAUGCCAAUGUUUGGUCAGCUUGCAAACGUCUUUGGGCGUCGGUGGCCCUUGAUUAUAUCUGGUGGCAUAUUUAUGAUUGGAAGUGGCAUUUGUGGAGGAGCUAGCAGUAUGUCUGCUAUGAUCGCCGGUCGAGCCCUACAAGGUAUUGGGGGCGCCGGUAUUGGCGUCCUGUGCGAAAUCGUCAUCUGCGACUUAGUGCCCCUCCGCGGGAGAGGCACUUACAUGGGAGCUGUUUUCGGCAUGGUUGGCAUCGGAGCUGCUCUUGGUCCGCUGUUCGGCGGAUUGCUUGUCAGCUACAGCACAUGGCGCUGGGCCUUCUAUAUGACUUUACCUGUCGGCGGUGUUGCUGUUGUACUGCUGAUUGCUUUUUUGAACGUCAAGUAUGACAAAUCACAGACAUGGGCAAUCAAAAUUUCAAGUCUUGACUGGCUAGGAAACCUCCUCUUCAUUGGUGGCAUUAUCCCGGUGCUUAUUGCUCUCGGAUGGGCAGGCGGGCAACAUCCGUGGUCAUCUUACCAGGUCCUUGUUCCGCUCCUUGUUGGUCUGGCAACUCUUGCAGGAUUUAUCGUUCUCGAAGGCAAUUCUCGGAUGACACCGAAUCCCAUCAUGCCCCUCCACCUAUUCAGCAAUUCGAUCAGCUCCAUCGUCUUCCUACUUACUUUCCUUCACGGCGUUGCUACCAUGUGGGCGCUGUACUUCCUCCCAGUCUACUUACAAGGCGUUCGAGGUGUGGAUGCCUACCAGGCAGGUAUCGAUCUCCUCCCAACUAUUCUCGCUCUCCUACCUGGUGCCAUCAUGGGAGGGCUUCUCCUGAGUAAAUUUGGCCGCUACAAACCUAUCCUUGUAGUUUGCUUUGUCUUGAUCGUCAUUGGGUUUGGUCUGUUCACACGUCUCGAUGAAAAUUCCAACACUAGCGCGUGGGUGGGCUUCCAAGUUCUCGAGUCUUUCGGUGCCGGGUUGGGCAUGGCGGCGAUGCUUCCAGCGCUGCUAGCUCCAUUGACGGAUAAGGAUACUGCGCUUGCAACAGCAACAUGGGGUUUUAUGCGCAGUUUCGGUGUCAUGUGGGGAGUAGCCAUUGCUGGGACUAUCUACACGAAUCGAGCUGUGCAGCUCGCCAGCUCUGGUGCCAUUGGAGACCAAGCAGUGGCUGCGGAGUUUAAGGCGGGUGGCGCGUAUGGAGCGGCUCAAGCACACUAUCUGGAUGCUCUCUCACCAGAGACCCGCGCUCAAGUAAUUCAUGUGCAAAGCAUGGCACUUCAGCGAUCCUGGCAAGUUGCUAUAGCAUUUGGUGCAGCGGGUGUUAUUGCCGCCGCGAUAAUGAGACAAGUUGCUCUCCGCAAGGAGAAUACCACUGAAUUUGGAAUGGUGGACAAGAAGGACAAGCCUACUAAGGAAGAGGCUCAAGCAGAAACUGAGAAGAAGGUCUAG